AUGUCUCAUUUCCAUGGAGGCUUUUAUUCUACUGGCUCGGCUCUGUAUCCAGAUUGGUUCCCACAGUGGCUACUGGACUACUGUCUCGUUCAUUCCGCUAUCAUCGUUUCAGGAGAGUACCGCUUGCUUCCCGAGUCGAGUGGUUCAGACAUUUUCGAUGACGUUUCCGAUUUCUACGAAUGGAUGCGCAAAGAGCUCCAACCUGAGCUAUCGAAACUUGUGCCUGGAAUCGAAGCCGACCUGUCAAAAGUGGCAGUGCAAGGUCCAAGUGCCGGUGGAACCCUCGCUGUUCAAUCUGGUUUCUUUCAGCCGCGAGGCUUCAUCAAAGCAGUCAUUGCCACUUUUCCUGGUCUGAAUGUUGGUGCCAAGCGCAACAAUCCGAUCCUGGGCCUACCGAUGGUUCCCCCCUCAGUUCUAGAAGACCACUUAAAGAAUAUGAAGCCGGGAACCAUCGUGACUUCUGUAGAGUCACUUGAGCGAUUUCAGGUAGCGCUCUCGAUAGCACAGCAAACACGAACAAAAGAUUUUUAUGGCUCGGACGAGAAACUGUACCCAUUCAAAGUCCUGGAAAAGACGGAGAAUGCUUCAUACAUGCUGGUGUUGCAUGGCGACAAUGAUACUGUAGUAGCAGUCAAAGGAAGUAUCGACUUUACCGAGGCUAUGAAGAAUAAGUUUGGAGAUGAUAACAUUGAUUUGGUCAUUCGGCCAGGGUGUGAGCAUGGAUUCGAUAAGGACGUUGCGUUAGAGGAGCCGUGGUUGAAGUCAGCCCUAGUCAAAGCGACAGAACUAUGGCUCGGUGCGAGCGAAGCUUGA